CUGUUGCUCUAGCCCACUCGUGGGGACUUGUGGUGAAGCGUGGGUAAUAAGUUUUAUAAAUAUAUGUAAUCUAAUUUCAGGCAAUUGUCUCAUCUUUCCCUCAGGGAACAGCCCCUCUCCUCAGCCUAGGAAUAUUGCAUUCCACCUGUGACAAAUUACUAAAGGUGAGAAAUCCACCCAUCGUCUCAUCAAGCCUGUACAUCUUAACUUGGAGCGCCAGUUAAGUUCCCCACCUCCACCCUUUGGAGGGACAAAUUGGCUGCUGAAAAGGGAGGUGUGUCAGUGCUGGCUCUCCCUCUCCAAGUAACGAUUGAGCAAGGAUUGAAAAUGGAGGAAAUGGAGCUUGCAGACCCUGGGCCAAGGAACGGUGCGGAAAACAGCCUUUGUGCCGUCCGUGUGGGGAGUUGCGGGGAUUUCAAGGAAAUAACAAUUUUGGAUGAGAUGAAGCACGAACCUCCUAAGCAGCUACAGGAGUUUCUCGAAAGGGUCGAGUUGCCCUGUUCAGAAUGGAGGUGCCCACAAUUGCCGGUGACUGCACCAGCCGAUACCAAGGCUUUCCUGUCCACCUCUGAAGCAGCAGCCCACGCCAUUGAGGAGCCUGGAGCUGCGGGGGGGUUAUCCCAGUUCCUGCCAGGCCUUGGCAAAGAUGCCAAACGGUCAGACAAAGCCGAGGCAAAUGGCAUGAGGGUGAAAGAGGAAGACCUGGAGGAGGGGGACUCCGCCAUCUUGGACGCAGAGGCGAAGCGGCGACACUUCAGGCGGUUCGACUACCGGGAGGUUGGUGGCCCCCGAGAGGCCUGCGGGCAGCUCUGGCAGCUUUGCCGCCAGUGGCUGGAGCCAGAAAGGCACACGAAGGAGCAGAUCUUGGAGCUGGUGAUUCUGGAGCAGUUUCUGUCUAUCCUGCCCCAAGAACUCCAGAAAUGGGUGGGUGAUAGUUCGCCACAAACCUGUUCCCAGGCCGUGUCCCUGGCAGAGGAUUUCCUGAGGCGGCGGCAGGACGUUCAGGGGCCAGGGCCAUUCCAGGUGGCAGCUGUACAUUGCGCAGAGGCAGAGAGUGAUGCUCCAUCUGGUGCCUGGCAGAGACCACCUUGCAGAGAACUCAGCCAGAAGGUUGAUGUUGAUGCCAGCUCCCCAGGAGAAGAUAGGAAUUGUCACGCAGAGGAGCAAAACCACAUUGAGGAUAAAGAACCACGUCACAAGUUGCCAGGAGGAGGCCAAAGAAAUGUUUCCUGCGGCCUCGAUCAGGAAGCAGCAUUUGCGCAACGGCAAGGAAGAUGCUCGGAGGAGGCAGAGGGCAGUCGCCUUCGUGGCGGACAGCCAGAGCACGAAAUCUCCCAGCCAGAAGGGAAGCGAUGCACGUGCUCUUUCUGCGGGAAAAGCUUCAGCCAGAGGUCGACCCUCACCAUCCACGAAAGGAGCCACACAGGGGAGAAGCCCUACGAGUGCCCGGCUUGUGGGAAGGGCUUCAGCCACCGCUCAAACCUCAUCACCCACAGAACGGUCCACACGGGAGGCAGGCCGUACGGAUGCCCCGACUGUGGGGACGCCUUCCGGCACAGGUCACACCUCAUCGCGCACAAGAGGACCCACACGGGCGAGAGGCCCCACAAGUGCUCCGACUGCGGGAAGAGCUUCGGCCAGAGGUCGACGCUCACGGUGCACGAGCGGACGCACACGGGGGAGAAGCCGUACCGGUGCGCCGACUGCGGGAAGAGCUUCAGCCAGAGGUCCAUCUUGAUUGCGCACGCGAGGACCCACACAGGAGAGAGCCCCUUCAAGUGCUUGGCCUGCGGGAAGGGCUUCAAGCAGGUCUCGGCGCUGACGGCGCACAACCGCAGCCACACCGGGGAGAGGCCGUACCGCUGCUCGGACUGCGGGAAAAGCUUCGCGCGCAGCUCGCUGCUUGCCAAGCACAGGAGGACGCACACGGGAGAGAAGCCCUACGCCUGCGCGCACUGUGGGAAAUGCUUCCAUCAGCGGUCGCAGCUGGUUAGCCAUGAGAGGACCCAUGCCAGCGCUUAAGAGCACGGAGGAUGUGU